GAACAAUAAUUCUUAGGCCGCCCUUAUAGAACUGCACGCUUCUGGCAAGACCUAGAAGAGAUCACCAACAAUGGCCAAGACGGCAAAGGUCAAAAAGAACGCUACAGCGAAUCCCCGAUCUCGAGCCUCGAAGCGAGCCACAUCUCCGUCAAUAGAUGUAGACCGAUCCCUCAAGGAUGCCCCUCGUGCCUCAGAUGCUACUCCAGUCCUAGCUGCCCGACCAGCCAGCGGUGUCACUAAGUCGAAGAGGAAACAAAAGCCUCUGACCAGAGGCCAACGACGGCGACAUGAAAAAGGGCUAGCAAGAGCAGAAGUGGUCCAAGAUCAACUGUCCAAAAAGGCCGAUGAGGCCACGUCUAAGCUCAAGAAAAGACGGGACAGGAAGAAGUUGUGGGACGAUGUGAAUACUGGUGCGACAAAUUUCGACAAGAUGAAGGCCAUCCUGGGAGAAAAUGAUGACGGAGACGAAUGGGUCGAUGAAGAGAUGGAUGAUGGAGUUUCCGACGUAAGGAUGGUAGAGGGAGUGCAAGUGCCUAUCACAGCGCCUGCGACCAAAUUGAUCGUUGUUGAUCGUACAGCAUCAGCACCAACCACGGAUAUGGAGGACGAGGUUGAGAAGAUUACAUGAGGAUAGCUUUCUGGUUCCGAUGACCCUAUUUCUUCGGCCUCAACUGCGUCAGCAUCCUUUCGAUUUCGACUUGCUGCUGUCCAUUGGCUUUGUCUCGCAGAGACUCCAGCGAUGUCAAAUCCUUUGCUUUCAGAGCUUCUUCGCCAGCUUUGACGAUCAUACCGCACUUAACCCACAUCUCGAUACGUUCUGCCGGCUGGAGGCUCGUACAUUUGGGAAUAAACGACGAGGCGAGACGCGUGUUGCCGGCUCCGAGGACUUCGUUGUAGAAGGGCUGCAACAUGUCAGAACAGCACUACUUCGAUGAACGGGAAACCUACCUCCCAACCGAUGGGCGAUUUCUUGCUCUUAGCAAUCUCCUCGACUUCGCCCCAUAGACGAGCUGCCGUCAACGCCCGGAGUCGAACCCACCACCAGGACUUCUCAGGCACUUUGAAAGCGCUCUGGACACUGGCAGCUCUCUUGCUGUAACCGGAUUUGAUGAGUCGAUACAUCGUCUCAUUGACACUUAGGCCAAUAAAGCUACCGCUGCUAUCGGUGAUCUCCUUGUCAAAUGCUUCUUGCAUCUUGAGCAGUUGAGUUGCUUCUGUCAGAGCUCUAGUAUGCAUGAUGGCAGUGGGGUCUUUAGCGUCUGUAAGCAAUCUGGCCGCGAGCUUCAGCUUGUCAAUCACGGCCUGAACUUGCGGCUGAUGCAUGGCCUCUUCGAGCAGGAGAUUUGAUCCUUCGACUGGUCGGUCGUCUUGGUAAUAGAGGUCCUUCAAUAAGUCCUGAUCUUGCGCUC